CUGCUGCAUAGCGAACAUCGCGAACAUCGCGGGGACUCAAUGUUUUGCCCGGCCGCCGGCCGGGACGUGCGUCGGUCUGCGUUACCUCAGGAGCUCCGGGCGGCGUCUGUCCAGGGUCGCCUCGUUCUGUACACAAACACCCGUCGAUGCGUCGAUAGAUCCACGCCUCAACACGACAUCAACUAUUGAGGAAACCGAUUGUUACGAUCAACACACGAUCAAUAGGAAUGUCGCGACAGCGGUGUCACACGCAAACGGGACAAUAACAAUAAAAGUGCGUGUAGUGGUGUGUGCGUACCAAGUUGGCAGUCAAUUACCAGAAUAGGGAUGUUUUGAAUGAUGUUGGAAUCCGCACUGAAAGUACGGACGUCUGAGGAGCUGACCCGGCCGAGGGAGACUGUGGAGGAGUUAAGAUAAUGAUGAUGAUGAUAAUGAGGAUGAUGGUGAUGAUGAGGAUGGCGCCACCUGGCGGACCAUUGGUGGAGAUGAUGAGGAUGGAGUCCUGAUGAAGAGGAGUGAAGAGAAUGAUGAAGAACAUCCGAAAGAGCUGUAUUGCUAUGUACGUUUGCACAUCAAAUGAUUAUUUUAGUUAUUUUGGCGCAAUAAAGAACAUAUUAGGAUGAUAAUUGUGGAGCCCUGAAGAGGAGUUUGUGAAGGAGAUGAGGGUACAGUUCGUGGAGGAGUGUGUGAAGAAGCUAGUGGUGACAGCAGCAGCGCCAUCUGGCCGACAGUUUGCGUUGACACAACCCGGAGUUCAACACGCUGAACCGAAAGACACGACCGCCUCCGCGUCCUCAUCUCCACGGCUUCUGUUUCUGCUGCCAGGAUGAUCAUCUCUGACGGAAAUACACAACGUAGAACCAGCCGCCCAUGUCGUUGUUGAGAGAGAGCGUUAUUUAACUCUAAGAGGAGCACAGUAAACCUACUAGCUGAUUACCUCAACUUUUAUCGACCCCGUCCGAGUCUUAACUCGCAUGGUCGCUCCGAAGCUGUGAACCAACACUGUUUCUCUGGGGUUCGGCGGUGCGUGGGGAUGUCGGGAUGUUUCUGAGUACGAGGCAUUGACUGAGGUUCAUGAGUCCAUCAUUAGCCCAUUUGACGGAUUACUUUGUCUGACCGCCCCGGCUAGCCUGCUAACUAGCCACAGAGCUAACUGCUAGCCUCGCUGCUAACACCUAGUUAGUAUAGUUCAGUCUUUUCCACUGCAACUAUGCCGGCGAUGUUGGAGAAGAACGGCAUCGAGAUAACUGGAAAGAGACGGGGCAGGAACGCCGUAAACAACCCGAACAAAAGUUAUCAGUCCAACGGAAACAGCGUCAACUCCUGGGAAGAGGGGAGUUCGGGCUCGAGCAGCGACGAGGAACACGGUGGCGGUGGGAUGCGAGUUGGACCGCAGUACCAAGCCAUGGUACCGGACUAUGACCCAGAUGUGGCGAAGACGGCCCAGGAGCGAGAGAACCUGGGCAUGCUGGUCUGGAUCCCCAGCAUCUCGCUGGCCGACACCAAAUUGGACGAAUACAUCGCCAUCGCCAAGGAGAGACACGGCUACAACAUGGAACAGGCGCUGGGGAUGCUGUUCUGGCACAAGCACAACGUGGAGAAGUCUCUGGCCGACCUGCCCAACUUCACCCCCUUCCCCGACGAGUGGACGGUGGAGGACAAGGUCCUGUUUGAGCAGGCCUUCAGCUUCCAUGGCAAGAGCUUCCACCGCAUCCAGCAGAUGCUGCCAGAUAAGUCAAUGGCCAGCCUGGUCAGGUUCUACUACUCUUGGAAGAAGAGCCGCAGUAAGACAAGCCUGAUGGACCGCCACGCCCGCAAGCACAGGAGAGAGAGAGACAGGUACGCUCUAGUAACCAUGGUUACCGCCACGCCCGCAAGCAGAAGAGAGAGAGACAGUGAGGAUGAGGUGGAGGAGGGGAACGUGAACGCUCCAAGUGACACAGAAUUCCAAGACCCGACCAAGGAGGUGGGGUCGGCGGUGCCUGAGAGCUCCCAGGUGGCUCCAUCCAGCGAGCAGAAGCCGGCCCCCGUAGAUAAGCCCGUCCACGUGAAGAGGGAGGGGCCCGGCUUCUCCGGGAAGACCCUGCAGAGGACCAAGAAGAAGCCGCCCAAAGGCAUGCACCUGACGCAGGGCGACGUGGCGGCCCUGUCCUGCAGCGCCCCCGCUGCCAAGGGGGUGAUACGGCAGCUGGACUCGGAGCUGGUCACCAUCAAGCGACAAAUCCAGACCAUCAAACAGGCCAACGGCACGUUGAAGGACAAGCUGACCUCGGGAGUGGAGCAGUACAGAAUCCCUGAGGUGAACCAGAAGUUCAACACCCGCUGGACCACAGAAGAGCAGCUCCUCGCUGUCCAAGCCAUCAGGAAGUACGGCCGGGACUUCCAGGCCAUCUCGGACGUGAUCGGGAACAAGUCGGUGGUGCAGGUGAAGAACUUCUUCGUCAACUACCGGCGCCGCUUCAACCUGGACGAGGUGCUGCAGGAGUGGCAGGCGGAGCACGGCAUGGAGGGGGAGAGGAGAGGAGGCGCAGGGGAGGAGGAGAAGAUGGAGGUGUCUCCGUCUGCUGAGGAGGGAGGGGUCACGACCCCGGCCACGCCCGAGGAGCCGAAGGAGGAGGAGCCCGCGACGCCCCAGACCUCCUGAGAAACACACACGCAUACACGUACACACAUACACACACACACACACCGAUAUAACGAGGAUACCAUGGCAACUGAUGGCUGGGAGCUGGCAGCAGGAAGUGAAGAAGAACGCCUUGGAUUCCAGCCCUCGGCCACUGGUCCCAGUAGGAGCUGGUGGGAGGUCACUGGUUUUUCCAACUGUUCAGGGUUUAUGGAGCUGUCUCCACUUUAAAACUCUUGUCGUGUAGAUUGGUGGUAUGCUGUAAGUAAUGACUAUUCCUGUUAAACGCUCUAUGGGAACAAUCGAUAGGCUUUGACCCUUUUAAGGCUCUUUUAAAUCAUGAACUCACGAUUAUUCUUUCUUUUUGUCUCUUCCUACAUAAACUGUUAUUAUUCUGACUCUGCGUGUCUGCUUUGUCCGGAGCGUCUGGUGAAUUACGGAGCCUGAUGCCCAUCAGACCGUAAUCUUGGGACUGGUGAACUCCAGAGUCUGAUCCCGGGGAAGUCCUGGGCUUCAGGACGCAGGGUGACGGGAAUAGAAACAGAAAGGGCUCCGGCCCCGAGACAAUAGGAGUAUAAUACACUACUGUCUAGUGGGGUUGGGAGCAAUAGAGUGAAAGAAUAGAAUGAAUGAUCUCAGAAU